AUGGGAGACUCUCCCCAGCAAAAGAGGAAGGACAUUCCAGAAAAAGGAAAUGACAAGGGAAAAGACACCACUCUAAAAAUAGCUGACCAUGCCAGGGAACAGGGAGGAAACGCAAAGGACUUCAGGAGAGAUCACGUGGAAAUUCAUGUAGCAAGUGCAAAGAUGGAGUUCAGCCUGAACAUUAUUCUCUUUCUAGCCUUACAUCUCUUGCCUGAGGUGAAAAGCUCAAUGGUAAAUUUGAAUAACAAUGGAUACGAUGGCAUUGUCAUUGCAAUUAAUCCCAGUGUUCCUGAAGAUGAAAAACUCAUUCAAAACAUAAAGGAAGACCGUCUCCUUCGAAUGAAUCAAGCAGCAGCACUGUACUUAAUUCAAAUUAUUGAAAGAGAAUCCUUGGUUGGGAUGGUCACUUUUGAAAGUACUGCUAAAAUCCAAAAUAAUCUAACAAAAAUAACUGAUGAUGACACUUACCAAAAGAUCACUGCAAACCUGCCUCAAGUUGCUGGUGGUGGAACCUCCAUUUGCAGUGGACUCAAAGCAGGAUUCCAGGCUAUUACUUACAGUAACCAGAAUACCUCUGGUUCUGAAAUCGUGUUACUAACAGAUGGGGAAGAUAAUGGAAUACAUUCAUGCUUCGAGGAGGUAAAACAAAGUGGUGCAAUCAUUCACACCAUUGCCCUGGGACCUUCUGCUGCCAAAGAACUGGAGAUCCUAUCAAGUAUGACAGGAGGGUAUCGCUUCUAUGCAAAUAAAGACAUAAAUGGUCUUAUUGAUGCUUUCAGCAGAAUUUCAUCUAGAAGUGGCAGCAUCUCUCAGCAAGCUCUUCAGUUGGAAAGUAAAGCCUUGAAUAUAACGGGAAGGAAAUGGAUAAAUGGUACAGUGCCCGUGGAUAGUACCAUUGGAAAUGAUACUUUCUUUGUUGUCACAUGGACAGUGCAAAAGCCAGAAAUUAUUAUUCAAGAUCCAAAAGGAAAAAAAUAUAAUACCUCUGAUUUCAAAGAAGAUAAGCUAAAUAGGCGGUCUGCUCGCCUUCGAAUACCAGGUGUUGCAGAGACAGGUACAUGGACUUACAGCCUUCGAAGUAAUCAUCCCAACUCUCAAUUAAUUACGGUGACAAUGACCACUCGAGCAAAAAGUCCCACCACACUCCCAAUAAUUGCAACUGCUCACAUGAGUCAAAAUACAGCACGUUACCCUAGCCCACUGAUUGUUUAUGCACGAGUCAGCCAAGGGUUUCUGCCUGUUCUGGGAAUCAAUGUAACAGCUAUCAUAGAAACUGAAGAUGGACAUCAAGUAACUUUAGAGCUCUGGGAUAAUGGGGCAGGUGCUGAUACUGUCAAAAAUGAUGGCGUCUACUCAAGAUAUUUUACAGAUUAUCAUGGAAAUGGUAGAUACAGCUUAAAAGUACAUGCCCAGGCAAGACAAAACACAGCAAGGCUAAGUUUAAGGCAACAACAGAACAAAGCUCUGUAUAUACCAGGCUAUGUUGAAGAUGGUAAAAUCAUACUGAACUCACCCAGAUCUGAAGUCAAAGAUGAUUUGGCACAAGUUGAAGUAGAAGCCUUUAGUAGACUAACCUCUGGAGGGUCCUUUACUGUGUCCGAAGCGCCUCCUAGUGGUGAUCAACAUCAUGAUUUCCCACCUGGUAAAAUUGUGGACCUGGAGGCCAAAUUUAAUGGAGAUUAUAUUCAACUUUCAUGGACUGCCCCUGGAUAUGUUCUUGAUAAAGGAAGAGCUGAGAGAUAUAUUAUAAGAAUAAGUGAGAGCUUCCUGGAUCUCCAAAAAGAUUUUGACAAUGCUACUUUAAUGAAUACUUCUCUUCUGAUACCUAAGGAGGCUGGAUCAACAGAAAAUUUUGAAUUUAAACCAGAACCUUUCAAAAUAGAAAAUGGCACCAAUUUCAAUAUUGCAAUCCAAGCCAUCUACCAAGGCAAUCUCACCUCAAAGGUUUCUAACAUUGCACAAGUAACCAAGUUCAUUCCUCCACAGGAACCUAGCAUCCCUGCUCUGGGUACCAAUACUGCAAUCAGUUUGGCAAUUUUUGUAUUAGCUGUGAUCUUACCUAUAUUUUAAACUAGAAAUUGUAUUAUAACUAAAAUUCAAUGUUAUGCAAAUUUGGUAAAUAUUCACUUAGAAUUUGAUUAAUUGUACUCACUGUCUAGUAUACAACUCUUUGCAAUACCAAAGGGAUGUACAAAGUUGUAAAUUUCCUAAUUCCUUGAGGUAAUCAAUAUUGAUUGUGCUGCUAAAUGUAAGUUAAAAUGAAUAUGCCAUUUCCUGCCUUGAACAAUCCAUUAACUAAGUUUUAAUACGAAAAAAGAUGUAUACUUGCACUUGUAAGCUUUUUAAGAAACAUUUUUAACGGGUGUUACAAAUUCAUCUGAUAAAUUAACAAAACCAAAACCUGUCACUUCAAAUAUUUAUGCAUACUCAAAGCAAAUAAUGUUAUGUUAGAAUAAUUUAUAUUUCAUUCUUUAUUAUUAAUGAAUAUUUCAUGUUUAUAUAAGAAGUAAUCAAAAAGAUAAUUCUUCAAUGAAAAAAUGGACUAAAAUAGUAAAGAGGUCAAA